AUCUUAAGCUCGAAAUUUAAAUAAACUUCAUCACACUUGUCGCGAAUCUACCUUUGUAACAGAACAUCGUCCAGUAGUGAUCCAGUGACACCUGAAUUAAGUUAUUUGCCACGCAAUUGUCUCAUUUUGUCUCGAAUUAAUAAUUUUGAUUGUAUCAAAAAUCAUAAUAACCAAGAAAUCGGAUUAUUCUUCGUAUAUUUUUUGCAAUGGAAACUAUCAACAAGAAAUGUAACACUAGUGACAUGUGCAAAUAUUAAAUAAAUCGAAUAAAUGAGUAAAAUGUUUAUGAUAUCAACUUUAAUGUAUGUACCAGGGUAAUAAACUAAAGGAUGAAAUUAUUUUGCUCGACGAGUUCACAUAAUUUAAACUCGUCAUAGCAAAAACUCGGUUAAACAUUGUUUAUUGAUAAUGAACAAAACUCAUAUGGAUAAAAGACUGAAUCAGUUGCCAACUUGGCUGUGGACUAAUUCCACUACUUUACCACCAAUCUAUAAAAUGGUAUGGGAAGCAGUACGGGAAGAUAAUGUCAGAACAAAUGGAAUACAAACCGAACUAUUGGUUGAUACUAACAAAGUCUUUCCUUUAUUGCUCACUAGUCAGCUCCCCACAGAAGUUCUUGGACAUAUAUGGAAUUUGGCAAAUCAAAAAUAUGCUGGACAACUCACAGAGCAAGAAUUAUAUAUUGUUCUUGCUCUUGUUGCUGCAGCACAAGCUUCUUACACAUUUAAUAAUCUAGAUAUAUUACAUUUACUUCCAUUUCCACCUACUCCAUAUUUAAAUAUAGAAUGUUUAAUGAAUCUGCAGCCUAUAACACAAAUGAAUUCUGCAGCUAAAUUUCAAAAUGAUCAAGAUAAUACUGAAAUUGGAUUUAUUGCCUCAGAUGAAAAAUAUUCUUUAGAAGCUAAAGGAAAAAUGAAAUUACAACAAGCAAUCAUAUCUUCAGAUUUAAAUGUGCAAAUGGCAAACAAUGUACCUGGAAAAAUUUCAUGUUUUGAUAAUAAAUCUUAUGUUUCUUCUACUACAAUAUGGGAUACCAAUAAUAUAUUAAGGGAUACAAAACAAACUUCCCGUCUUCAAUUAGAUUCUAAACCAACAACAGAUUUGUGUGAUGACUUCUCUGAGUUUCAAAGUGCUCCAAUCUCUAAUAUUCCUAACAUUUCCAUUUGGGAUACUAAACAAGGCUCAGCUAUUGGAAGUAGACUUGCAAAUCAUAAUUUAGGUGUUAAGAAACCAAUGGAAAUCAAAAAAAAUAAUAUAAAUGCUAAAUCUGCUCAUGGCACUACUACUAUUCAAACACGUAUUACAUCAGUACCAUUAACUACAAUAUCUCAAAGCAAAGAUCAGUCAACAUUAGAUUGUUUAUCAGAUUUAUUUCCUAAGUGUACAAUAAAAAAUCAAUCUAAAACAGUAAUUCUUAAGGAUACAGUGAUAAGAAAUAAUGAUCCGCCCAAGGACCAUAGUGAAAAUAUAAAAGAUUAUAGAAAUACAGAAAUUGAACAUUUAACUAAUGAUAAAGAUGUUUUGAAUAAGUUAGAAUGGAUUGAUAAGGCUCAAUCAGCAACAUUGGAACCCACUCAGCAGGAUCUUAUGAAUCUCCAACUUGUUGAAGAUAAAUAUAGUGCCUUGCGUGCAUUGAUUCAAGAAACAAGUAUAUCAAUUGAAUCAGAUUCAAACGCAAGUUAUAAUAAUCAAUCAACUGAUGAAUUUGGAGAAUUUGUAUCUGCAGAACAACCUAUUAAUACUCCUGCCAUAAAUGCUUUAGAUACUGACAAUUUUGUUGAUAUUUUUACUGAUUUUGAGUUUAAAUCUACUAACAAUAAUAAUGCAAAUGCAGCAGAUUUCAAUUUUAUGCCAGAUAUUUCUGAAUCAUUUGACAAUCUUAAGCUUGAGGAUAACAUAGAAGAGCGCUCCUUAGAGAUGGGAAAAGCUCUUCAGAAGGAAGAUGCCAUAUCAAUUAAUAGUAUAGAAUUUAUGAAUGGUGCAUCGAAUGCAUUAACUCGAUCAGGAUCUGUGCCUAGUUUAGAUCUUAAGUCUUUCUUACCUUCAAAUACAGAAGAUGAACAAAUAAUGGAUACUACACAUCAGUCAGAAUAUUGGGAAUGGAAGCAAUAUAUGGAAAGCUGUGUGUUAUUGUUACAAAUAGCUGCAAAUAUAUUUACAAAUAUUAAUUCAGAACUUAUAUUGCAUGAAGUUUUAAAUUCAGCACAAGGAUAUAAUUUUCUUUGCAAUUUAGCUGAAGUCGCAGCUGUUUGUAGACGAGUUAAUUUUUCAUAUAAAGAAAUGGAUAUUAAUAUAAUAGGUUUUGAUGAGCUUUUAAUGGACAUUGAUCGAAUUUGGGCAGAAAUGGAACCAUUUUAUGCAAAUAUACCAAUCGUUACGGAAUUGCCCGCUUGGCCUUUACAUCAAGGAGAAGCCAUUUGUUGCUCACUUUGUUUAACGGUUAUUACCAGCGGCAGAGUAGUAUAUAACGAGAAUAAUUAUCACGUUACUUGUGCAAAUCUAUGGCUUAAUUGUGUAAAUAGUAAUUUGCCCGUGAUGCGGCAUCCCGUCUAUUCUCAUUUGAACACAUGUCCAGGUAAUCAUAUUUGAUAUUAAUCUGUAUUAGAGAAAAAAGACAAAAACUUGCGUUCGUAAAUUUUUUAAUGUACACAUAUUAAUUUACUAUAUGAAGAUUGAUAGAAAAUCAAAGUGAAAUAACUUUGUAUUUUAUUAAUAAUUAAAAAAUCAAACAUUAACAUUUUUUAAAAAUUAUCUAACAUAAACGCGAUUUUAAAAAAUCUGGAAAAUUUAUGAUAAGAAAAAAUGAAUUGUAUAUAUUCUUUAAAAAUCGAACAUUUUCAAAAUCAUAUUAACUAGUCCUUUCAAAAAUCUGUACAGAUAUCGAAAAAUUUAGAGGAAAUAUUAAUAUAUUAUAAUCUUUGGAAUUAGAAAGAAAAUAAAAGAAUUGCGAACAAAUUUUAAACAUAGUCAAAAAGAUUGGAAGAAUUUCAAUAGAAUUCUGAAAAUCUGAACAAAAGUUCAUAUCAAUCAAAUCGAAUAUAAUAUUUUCGUGAAGAUCUUAUAAAAUUCUUAGUGCAAAUUACGAGAUAAGUAAUUAGAUUAUUCUAUUAAAUAAUAUUAAAAAAAAAAAAAUAUAGUAGUGAUCUUACAAUUUUCGAAAUUAUCGUUGACUUGUAUCGCGCGGUCUAUACACUAUUCCUCUGCUUUUCAUCUCUCUUAUAACACCUGCUGGCAAUCGACCUGAUACCGAUAUUGCAUAUACACCUUUACAGAAUCGAUCUGAAAAAAAAAAA